AUGGCGCCCAAGUCGGCCCACGGUGGCAUUGCCGCCAGCCUGAGCCCAGAGAGGAGAAUCGCGGUCGAGAAGAAGCUGAAGCGCAAGCUUGACGCGCGCUGCUCGCUGUUCGUCUUGAUCUACAUCAUGAACUACCUGGACCGCAACAACAUUGCUGCUGCGCGUCUGGGUGGUCUGCAGGAAGAUCUCGGCAUCGACAACACGCAGUACGCGACGUGUUUGUCCAUUCUGUACGUCGGGUAUAUUCUGAUGCAGGUUCCCUCCAAUAUGAUCAUCAACCUCAUUCCCCGCCCUUCCAUCUACAUCGCCUUCGUCAUGCUCCUAUGGGGCAUGAUCUCAACUCUCUCCGGCAACGUGAACAGCUUCGGCGGCAUGGUCGCAAUCCGCUUCUGCAUUGGUUUCGUCGAGGCUGCCUUCCUGCCCGGUGCUCUCCUGAUCCUGUCCAAGUGGUACACGCGCCGCGAACUCACCCUCCGCAACGCCAUCCUCUUCUGCGGUAACCUCAUCUCCAACGCCUUCUCCUCGCUCGUUGGCGCCGCCGUGCUGUCGAACAUGGAGGGCGUCCUCGGCCACCGCGCCUGGAGAUGGCUGUACUGGAUCGAAGGCGCGGCCACAAUGGUCAUCGCCAUCGCCGCGCUCUUCAUCCUGCCCGAUCUGCCCCACAACACGCGCGGCUUCACCGAGGAGGAGCGCGCCGUCGCCGUCCUGCGCAUGACCGAGGAUGUCGGAGAAGCAGACGAGGACAGCGCCGAGGAGUCCGUCUUCGCCGGUCUCAUCAUGGCCGUCAAGGACGCCAAGAUCUACGUCCUGAUGCUGACCUUCACCGCCUACGUCGUCGGUCUGUCCUUCAAUGCCUUCUUCCCCACGCUCACCCGCACCCUGGGCUUCGGAUACAUCACCACGCUGCUCAUGUCCGCGCCGCCGUGGGCGUUCUCCUGUGUCGUCUCGCUGAUCAACGCGUGGCACGCGGACCGCACGCAGGAGCGCUUCUGGCACAUCGUGGGCCCCAUCUGCCUCGGCGUCGUAGGGUUCGUCAUCUCCAUGUCGACAGAGAACACGGCGGGGCGGUACAUAGCGCUGUUCCUGCAGGCGUCAGCGUACGCGGGCUUCAUCGUCUUCUACUCGUGGAUAUCGUCGUCGUUCCCGCGACCGCCUGCCAAGCGCGCCGUCGCCAUCGCCAUGGUCAACGCUUUCUCCCAGCUCGGCAACAUCGCGGGCUCGUACGUGUGGAACCUGCCGGACAACGGCUACAGGGGCUCCUACGGCAUCGUCACGGCCAUGUUCGGCGUCACCAUUGUGGGGUGCUACAUCUUCAAGGUCAUCCUGCAGCGGCUCAACAAGAAGCUCGACGCGGGCGAGACGGCGUGGGAGACGCGCGGCGACGUCGCCGAGCGCACGGCGCAAGUCGAGGGCACCACCGUCGAGGAGGGCCAGCGGCUGAUGAAGGGAUACAGAUAUCUAGUCUGA